AUGGCAUUGUAUUACCUCACCAGGAACAGAGAUAGCCAACGGUUGUUGAGCUCGAGCGUGAGAUCGUUUAGUUGCAAGGAGCUUUACCAAGCCACCAAUGGCUUCAAGAAACUGCUGGGCAAAGGGAGUUUUGGGGAGGUCUACAAAGGAAUGAUAAGAUCGCCGCAGCCGCAUCUCAUUGCAGUGAAGAAGCUCAUCGACUCGAACGAGUACAGUGAGCAGGAGUUCACCAAUGAGGUGCAGUCGAUCGGGUCUCUCCGUGGCUUCCUCUUCAACCCUGAGAGGCGACCACCUUGGAGCUGGCGCGCUGAGGCAGCCCUCGCCAUUGCUCGGGGACUUGAGUACCUCCACGACGGCUACAUUGCCCCUAUCAUCCACUGCGACAUCAAGCCUGACAAUAUCCUUUUGGACGAUUAUGGAAUCCCCAAGAUCACCGACUUUGGGAUCUCCAAAUUGUUGGGGAGCCAGCAGGUGCACACCACAGUGACCCAUGUUAGAGGUACCAGAGGGUACAUCGCACCUGAGUGGCUCCGCGGCGAUGCACGCGUUGACACCAAGGCAGAUGUGUACAGUUUCGGUGUCGUCCUACUGGAGAUGAUUUGUUGUAGGAGGUGUCAGGAGCCGGUGACUCCUGUCAUGCCAGAAGGGCAGGGCAUGGAGAUCGAUGAAACGGUCACGUUGUUCGGUUGGGCGGCCCAACUGGUUGUCGCACGAAGGACAGAGCUAAUGCUACAUGGUGAUGCAGAUGUCAACACCGCCGAGGACAUGGAGAGGGUGGAGCGGUUUACCCGUGUGGCGCUCUGGUGCAUCGAGCCAAACCCGCUGCUGCGGCCAACCAUCCACCAAGUGGUGCAGAUACUGGAGACCAAUGAUGGGGUGAAGGUUCAGGCACUACCCGACCCUCCAGACUGUUACAUGGAAUCCUCGCCUUUAAUUACUCAGCUCAGGAUGGAAUGA